AUGCCUGUCAAUCAAUUAAGGCAAGUAUUGAUGGACUUGACUGCUGACAAUAAACUAACUGCUUAUUUGUUGGAAUUAUGGGGUUUGCAAGGUUAUUUGGGGAUUUCUCAUAAAUUACAAGUAACAAGAGAUCUUGAACUUAUAACAGGUGGUGGUGAUAAAGUUGCUGCUCUUCAAUUGAGAGUUUUAAAAACCAAAUUAUUAUUAGAUAUAAAGGUGGAUGACAAUGCAUAA